GGUCAACGAUAACCGGCCCCUUUGCUCUCUUCCUCUCUUCUGUUCAUUGUCUUUCAACAGCAAUUCACUUCCAUUCCACAGCCACUCGUUCGUCUCUGUUCUGUCAUGUCGGCUGUUGCUGAGAAGAGGGCAAAGCCCGGGACAGUGAUUGCCUCUGUCAGUGGAAAAUGGGUGUCUUAUGCGCAUACGGUGUUUGCAGGAUAUGCCUUUAUUAGUGCGCUGGUGGUCGGAAUGGCGCUCCAUUUCGAGAAGAUUGUGCGUAAUGAAUACUACGGGUUUCCCGACGAAUGGUUCCCCUCCGUUUCGGCUGCCAUCGGCGAUCGAUACCCCGAACGCAGCAUCUUCCAGCUAUUCAUCGCCGUCACUGCUGGUCCGAGAUUCGCCCUUGUCUUCUUGACCUACCUGCUCUACAACAAACCCGGCUCCUGGGGCCCUCGAGCCCACGUCGCCGUCGGUUUACUCCGCACUCUCACCUGCGGUGGAUGGGUCUACAUCACCUCAACUGACGACCAUGACUGGCACGAUAUCUUCAUGAUUGCGUACAUGCUGCUGACACUCCCAUGGACCGUCGGCGGCAUCCUGCUCUCACGUCCGGGCUCGAAGGCGCUCAAGUACAGAAAGAUCUUUGGUAUCUCGUUCUUUGUCAUGAUUGUCCCGCUCGUGUACUACUUUAUCCAGCAUAAAGUCAACCACGUCGCCGGAGCCUACACGAUCUACGCUUUCUUCGAAUGGUCGCUGAUUUUCUUUGACGUCGCGUUCGAUGCUGCUACUGCGUUUGAUUUCGGCGCGCUGGAGAUCAGAGUCGUAGAUAUGAACGGAAUCACGAAUGGCGCGGUUCCUUCUUCUUCUUCAUCUUCGUCUCGCGGCGUGGAACUUCGCGUGAAAGACACCGGUCUUUUGACCGGAUUCAGCUUCGGCACGCUGUUCACAUUCGCGGUUGACGUGUACAACUCGUUUGUGUUUUGGUCGGUCCUGACCUCGCUCGGCCUUCUGAUCUGGUACUUCCCGCUGUGGUACAUGGGAAUUUCCGGCUACGAAGUCACUUUGCUGUCGACGAUCUCGCCGUUCCUGCUCGGCCUGCCUUUUCUGACGCCUCUAUUUGCGCGCUUCCCGCAGCUGUCGCAGCUCGGCACGGUCGUCGGCAUCGCGGCGUACCUCGUUCCCGGCCCGAGCGACAGACUGCUUACGGUUUCUGCGGCGUGCAUGUUUGCGAGCAUUUCGCUCGCGAUGCAGUUCCACAACGUGACUGCGCGGCCGUUCCUGAGCCUGACGAAAGCGACUGCGUUCUCGAUCGGCUUCAUCGGCUCUGUUCUCGCCAAGUUUGCGUUUUACGCCAACAACCCGAUCUGGCCGAUUAUGCACGACGCCAACGGCGGGUGGAACAAGAGCGGGCUUGUCGUUGGUGUGGUUGCGGCUCUGUUGACGACGCGGCCGCAGCGAGGGUCGAGCGAGGCCGUGUCGGCGAGCAAGCGGGGUAGUUUUAUCUUUGCUAGUUGCGGACUUGCGGGCUUGCUGUUUUCGAUGCACUCGCUGCUUUCGGACUCGAGCACGAUGAUUUACUGGGUGUGGGACGGGUACCCGCUGACUGGGCCUCUUCCUGUUCCGUACGGCGCGGUGACGAUUCUGGCGAUGGUGGUGGGCGCGUACGUGGGAGUGACGGGCAAGAGCAGUACACUUGCGUCGUGGCCUGCGUUUGCGGUCGGCAGUGCGGGCGCGUUUGUGCUGUACAAGUUUGACGGGUGGUUCGGGUACUUUGGCGGACUUGUGCUGGCGACGUACUUGAUUGCGAUUGUGCCGGUGCUGUUUGAGUCUGCGUCGAUUCAUCCGGCGGGGCGGACGUUUGGGGUCGGAUUCUUGCUGUACGAUUUGAUUGUGCUGGGCCAUGUGUGGGUUGUUGCGUACGCGUUUGUGCCGGGUGGCCCGUUGCUGCGCGAGCGGACUGAUAUCUUGGUCACGGUCUCGAUGGCGAUGAUUGGGCUGGGCGUGUAUGGCGCGAAGAAGGCGCAGGCGGUGACGUCCAGCAGCACGGGAGUGUUUGCGCCGGGGAAGAAGACGAAGAGCGUGAGCUUUUUCAAAGUGCGGGCGAUGGCUGCGAUCUUUUUGACGGCGAUUUCGGUGCUGACGGUAGUUGUUGCGUGGCGGCGAACGGAUAAACCCGCGCCGCAGCCGUACCACCCCGAAGAGAAGCUGAUGACUGUCGGGAUCUGGACGAUCCACUUUGGACUCGACAACGACAUGUGGGCGAGCGAGGUGCGGAUGCGGGACGCGAUUGCGGAGCUGGAGCUGGACGUGGUGGGACUGCUUGAGUCGGACACGCAGCGGAUUAUUAUGGGCAACCGGGACGUCACGCAGCAGAUUGCGGAGGACCUGGGGAUGUACGUUGACUUUGGGCCCGGACCGAACCGGCACACGUGGGGCGCGGCGUUGCUGUCCAAGUUCCCGAUUGUGAAGUCGACGCACCAUUUGCUUCCGUCGCCGGUGGGCGAGCUUGCGCCGGCGAUCCACGCGACGCUGGAUGUGUACGGGGAGAUGAUUGACGUUGUUGUGUUUCACAGCGGGCAGGAGGAGGACGUCGAGGACCGGCGGCUGCAGACGGCGGGGGUGAGCGAGAUCAUGGCGAAGAGCGAGAACCCGACGAUUCUGCUGAGUUACCUGGUGACGAAGCCGCUGGAGGGCAAUUACAACACGUACGUGAGCGAGUACACGGGGAUGUCGGACAUUGAUCCGAGCGACUGGGACCGGUGGUGCGAGUACAUUUUGUACAAGAAGAUCAAGCGGGUUGCGUAUGCGCGCGUGAGCAGAGGUACGAUUACCGAUACCGAGAUCCAGACGGGCAAGUUUGUGGUGGGCGUCGAGCCUGCGUCGACGAACGAGCGCGUGCCGGAGGAGCAGGUGGCGGAGGGGUUGAGGUAUCCGGCUGUGUUUAGGGGGGAUGGUGUUCGUGGGCAUCGAUACCAUGUCUUUGACGAGCCGCGAUAUUACGCGUAGUGUUGUUUAUAAGUGUUAGUAAAAUAUGUUAAUAAUAUAUUAGUAAUUAUAUUAUGAAAACAUUAGUAAUUAGAGUACAU